UUCCGAGGCAGGAAGCAGGAACAGAUGGGGCCUCUCUAGGCGUAUCUUUGCAACUAAGCUAAAGGUCGCCCGGAGUGGGCGAAGUGGGCGGCGGGUGGUCUUUGCCGGCGGAGCAGCCAUGGCGGAGCAGCCGAAGCCUUCUCAAGCGCCCAUCAGCCCCGUGAAGAACUUCUUCGCGGGGGGUUUCGGGGGUGUGUGUCUGGUUUUCGUGGGACACCCGUUGGACACCAUCAAGGUUAGACUACAGACCCAGCCUCCACCUUUGGCAGGACAGACUCCACUCUACACUGGGACCUUAGACUGCUUCAGAAAGACUCUUAUGAAAGAGGGAGUCCGUGGCUUGUAUAAAGGGAUGGCAGCUCCUAUUGUUGGAGUAACCCCAAUGUUUGCUGUCUGCUUCUUUGGAUUUGGCCUGGGCAAGAAACUCCAGCAGAGGACCCCUGACGACGUCCUGACGUAUCCUCAGCUAUUCGCAGCAGGCAUGCUAUCUGGAGUGUUCACUACAGCAAUUAUGGCUCCAGGAGAGAGGAUCAAGUGCCUUCUACAGAUCCAGGCAGCUUCAGGUGAAAUUAAAUACAGGGGACCUUUGGACUGUGCCAAACAGAUUUAUCGUGAGGCUGGCAUUCGAGGCGUGUACAAAGGAACAUUUCUUACUCUCAUGAGAGAUGUUCCAGCCAGUGGAAUGUACUUCAUGACUUACGAAUGGUUGAAAAAUAUUUUGACACCCGAAGGGCAAAGUGCCAGUGACCUCAGUGUACCUCGGAUUCUUUUUGCCGGUGGCAUGGCAGGGAUUUUCAACUGGGCUGUUGGGAUUCCUCCAGAUGUGUUGAAAUCCCGGUUCCAGACAGCCCCUGCAGGAAAAUAUCCCAAUGGCUUCAGAGAUGUUUUACGAGAGCUUAUCCGAGAGGAGGGGGUCAUGUCUUUGUACAAAGGCUUCACCGCAGUGAUGAUCAGGGCCUUUCCUGCCAAUGCAGCCUGUUUCCUUGGUUUUGAAGUUGCCAUGAAGUUUUUUAACUGGCUUGCACCAAAUCUGUAAGAACCAGAAGGAUGUGUUCCUAAGGAAACUCAAGGACAAGAGGAAGAAUGCAAAACCGAAUUAUGACAUGAAAGACGCCAUGGAAACGACUAGUUUUUUUGAAUAACCUUUUUAAUGCCUUACCGACACCCUCUGGGUGGUGCGGAUGUUUCCGUUUGGAACCUUGAGCCAAAUCGCUUCUCUUGAAGAGAAGUUCAAAAUAUAUGUACCUGCCUUCAGAACCCAAAGUUACCAUAGUGGUAAUGUUGCUAAUAGAAAACCUAUUUGCUAUUAAUAGUUACGAUUUUAACAUUUCAAAAUGGGGGGUGGGCAGUCCCCCCCCCAAUUAAUUUUUUUUCUUUUUUUACUUACCUCUUUGUGUAAAAAGGGAAGAAGAUACAAACUUCUUCUUUUAAAUUCAGGAACAAAGUGACAGAAUCCCUGAGUGGGAAUGAGUUGGUAAGAGCUGGAAUAGAAACAACCACUUUGCACUUAAUUCUCAGGAUCGAACGUAUCAUUUAAUUGCAUGUGCUUUGAUUUACAGUUACUGGACACAGUCUGUCAUGAUUCUUCUGCAUGCUUCAUUAUAUCCAAGGGAUAUAAUGAUGGAAGGCCCUGAUUAUAAGCGUUUCCUUUGGUUGUUUUGAGGUAUACGAUCCUCAGUCAGUAACAUCUUGGUGCCACUUGGAAUAAGUUCAUCUAAACCUGAGACGGGCAGCAUCUGCCCUUAUAUAUGUUUUUUAGACUACCAUUCCCAUAAUCCUUCGUUUUGAACUAUGUAGGCUAAGGCUGAUGGGAUUUGCACCCCAAAAUCAGCCGAAGGGCCACAUUGGCCCACCCUGAUAUAAAAGAUAAAUUGGCAGAAUCUUGGAGCGUUUAAUCAAAGGUUUUCUUUAACAGUUCCUGAAAUUAUUAGUUGUGGUGGACAGCUGGUGCAGAAAUAGCCUUUUACUAAAAAUAAUUAAUUAAUAAAUCGUUUUUUCCAAAUGGUGCUUCCUGAGGUGACUGUAAAAGUACUGUAGCUGCUCAAGUACCGUGGGAUACCAUGGUUAUAAUUUGGAGUGUCAAGUGCUGAAUGUUCAGAAAGUAUCUAUGCAUGUAUGAUAAUGUUUUUAAAGCAGUUUUAUAAAACCGUGUAUCUGAAGUUGGAGGAUGCUGCUGAAAUAGCAGAACUAUUUUCAGAGCAAUUAUAUUACCACUUCAGUUGUGCCUCACAAGGAUUUUAUUAUAUGCAAUCACAUAUAUCUCACAUGCAUAUGUAUGCAUGUAUGUAUAUAAGUAAGAUCACUGAAAAUCCUCCUAUGCGCAGGUAACAGAGGCAGGACUUCUACGGAAUUCAUCACGUGUCAAGUAAUUCAUUGGGAAUGAAACAUUAAUGUUCAGGUCUUAAUAAAGUUUGCUGAUUCUCAGCCAGAACAAG